AUGGUGUCAGCUCAGAAGCGCAUUAUCGGGGGAGCCGAUUGUCAUCCUCAUUCCCAACCUUGGCAAGUCUUCCUCUAUGACAGCUUCCAGAACUACUGCGGAGGGGUCUUGAUCAAUAAGUAUUGGGUCGUCACCGCCGGACACUGUCACGAAUGGCAAGACUCUGGGCCUGUGGGGAGGAAUGACAAUGGAUUCAGAAGAACUAUCACAGUUUUUCUUGGCGCUCACACUCUGUGGAAGAGAGGAGGGGCCCAGAUUACCCACGCCGUGGAGGCCAUCCGCCAUGCCGCUUUUGAACCCAUGUCCCUGAAGAAUGACAUCAUGCUUCUGCGCCUGGACCCCCCCGCCGUCCUGGGGGGUAGAGUCAGGCCCAUUCCAAUGGCGGGAUGGUGCGCGCCUGUCGGGACAAAGUGUGUGGUCUCAGGUUGGGGUGCCACUUCUAUCCCUGAAGUGAAAUACACCAGAAACCUGCAGUGCGUUGAAGUGAUGGUCCUGCCCAAAACAGUAUGCCGGAAUGCCUAUGGGGCCAACUUCAUCAACAGUGAGAUUUGUGCAGGAGCCAUCAAAGGAGGAAGAGAUGCCUGCCAGGGUGAUUCUGGGGGCGCCCUGGUCUGCAACGGGGUCCUUCACGGCUUGGUGUCGUGGGGAGAUGAGCGCUGUGCAGUUGAGAACAGACCCGGCGUCUACACUGAAAUCUGCAAAUUCAGAGGAUGGAUCAUAAGGAACAUGAUUGAUUGA